UCUGUCUUCCAGCUGCUCCUGCUCCUUGGCACCGCGAGGAGCCAGUCAGAGAAGACCUCUGAGCAGAAUGCCAUCAGCCUCUCCCCUGGCAAGUACCGCCACUUUGACCGUGCCACCAACAAAGAGCUGAUCUGCGACAAAUGUCCUGCAGGAACCUACGUGUCUAAACACUGUACGAAGAGUACCUUAAGAGAGUGCAGCCCGUGUCCAGAUGGGACCUUUACUAAGCAUGAGAACGGCAUAGAGCGGUGCCAUCCUUGUAGAAAACCCUGUGAACUGCCAAUGAUUGAGAAAACUCAUUGUACUGCCUUGACUGACCGCGAGUGCACUUGCCUGUCUGGUACGUUUCAGACGAACGAUACCUGCAUCCCUUACACGGUGUGCCCGGUCGGCUGGGGCGUCCGCAAGAAAGGAACCGAGACAGAAGAUGUUAAGUGCAAGCCGUGCCCUCGUGGUACCUUUUCUGAUGUGCCUUCUAGCGUGAUGAAGUGCAAAACGUACACUGACUGCUUUGGGAAAAACAUGGUGGUGAUCAAGCCGGGGACGAAGGAGAGUGACAACGUCUGUGGUUCUCCAGCAUCUCUUCCGAACACGUCUUUGAUUUCGUCAAGCACUGAAGCAGGUGAAGAGCCCUAUGAAGUUCCACCAACCGCCCAUCUUCCCAAAGGUUUGAACUCUUCAGCCCCCGAUUUUGUCCCCUCUCCUGUGCCACACGCAUCAAGUGGCACGGCAGAGCCAGCAGGCUUCUUCAACAAAACAUUGGCUGAUGAGACAGAAGCCACCAACGAGACGGACGGUACCAACAGGGCUCCUGCAGGCUCCAUCCCUGCCAGCCAGGCACAGAGCUACCGGCACAAGCAGACCAGUCAAGCGCUGGAGAAGCAGCCAUCACUGGAUAUGGCGGGGCGUGAGAAGUCCAGUGCCCCAUACAGGCCCCCCCGGAGAGGUUCACAGAACAUCCACCAGCACUUUGACAUCAAUGAACACUUGCCAUGGAUGAUCGUUCUCUUCCUCCUGCUGGUCCUGGUGGUUAUCGUCGUCUGCAGUGUCAGGAAGAGCUCAAGGACUCUGAAGAAGGGACCCAGACAAGAUCCCAGUGCCAUUGUGGAAAAAGCUAUCAUGAAAAAGUCCACCACCCCCACGCAGAACAGGGAGAAGUGGAUCUAUUACUGCAACGGGCAUGGUAUCGACAUCCUGAAGCUGGUGGCAGCCCAGCUGGGGAGCCAGUGGAAGGACAUCUACCAGUUCCUCUGCAACGCCAGCGAGCGGGAGGUGGCAGCUUUCUCCAACGGCUAUGCGGCCGACCACGAGCGCGCCUACGCCGCCCUGCAGCACUGGACCAUCCGCGGGCCCGAGGCCAGCCUGGCCCAGCUGAUCAGCGCCCUGCGCCAGCACCGCCGCAACGACGUGGUGGAGAAGAUCCGAGGCCUGAUGGAGGACACCACACCGGUGCAGAUGCAGCCCCAGUGGCAGGCACAGGAGCCUUGCAACGACGACGGAAAGCUGGAACCUGACAGACUGGCGCUGCCGGUGAGCCCCAGCCCGCUCAGCCCUGCGCCCAACCCCAGCCCCAAGCCCCCCGAGGCUGCUGUCCUCACCGUGGAGCCCUCUCCUUCAGAGAAGAAGUGCUUCUUCGUGGACGAAGCGGAGCCCCUCCUGCGGUGCGACUCCACCUCCAGCGGCUCCUCCGCGCUCAGCCGGACAGGCUCUUUUAUUACCAAAGAAAAGAAGGACACUGUCCUGCGCCAGGUGCGCUUGGACCCUUGCGACCUGCAGCCCAUCUUCGACGACAUGCUGCACAUCCUGAACCCUGAGGAGCUCCACGUGAUUGAGGAGAUCCCACAAGCCGAAGACAAGCUGGACAGGCUAUUUGAGAUCGCUGGAGUCAAGAGCCAGGAAGCCAGCCAGACCCUCCUGGACUCUGUCUAUAGCCACCUUCCUGACUUACUGUAGGCACUGGGUCACCACGCACUCUGAAUAUCUGCUAGAGCUAGCUUGGCACUCGUUAAGAUGACCGACAAUACGCGGGCAGGUUUUGUUGUAGAAUAUAUGGCCAGUAUUUUCGUUGAGGUGUCCUUGGUUUCUGGAGGGGGGGCAGUUUGCCAGCAUUGCACCCCUCCACCUUAACUCUAUCGCUCAGUCCAAGUCUUUGCACCCUCUGCCUCCUUCCCGAGCCUCUCUUCUCCUUGUUCUCAUUCCAAUCAGAUCAGUCGAUGCACUUUAAA